AUGGCCGCGGUCAUCCAAAACACCUCGCUCCCUGAGCUCAACUCGGGCGACAUCGUCGUCGAGCAGACAACCAAGCAGCAGGUUCUAGACGUGGCUCGCCUUCUCGCACCUGUCGUCAGCAGCGCCCCCAACACCACCCCUUCGCAGACCACCGACUCGUCGUCAUUGUCCUCAGAUGAGGAAGACGCCGACGAUGCAGACCUGGACAACUUUGCCUUCAGCCCCAUGGAGCGCUGCCCAUCCCUCACCGCCUCCCAAGACAGCAUCUCUCCCCUCCCCACUCCCUCCCCCACCAAGGUCACCUUCUUCCCCACAGCCACUGCCCUCGAUGCGGCGCUCAAGAUCGCCCGCCCCACCACGCACGGUCGCGUCCUCGUCGUCGGCGUCGGCUUUGUCGGUGCCCAUCUCAUGGAGCGUUUCUCUUCGGCAUACGAGGUGAUCGCCUUUGACGUCUCCGAGAACCGCUGCCAGCACCUUCGUCAGCUGCACUGCUCCAACCCCAACGUGAGCUUCAUCUCGGAUCUCUCGGCGGAUGAGCGCACUGCAUCGUUCGAUCUCUGCCUUGUCUCCGUCCCGACGCUGCUCACGUCCGAUCUCAGCCAGGUGGAUACGACGCACAUCAAGUCGGCUUUCGCUAUGGUCUCACGCAUCGCUCAGCCAGGGUCCACCGUCGUUGUCGAGUCGAGUGUCACUGUUGGUAUGACGCGCGAGCUCUUCUCUCCCCUGCUCGCAAAGGGCGUCCACGUCGGAUUCAGCCCGGAACGCGUUGACCCCGGUCGCACCUUCCCUGCCUUCGAAGACAUCCCCAAGGUCGUCUCGGGUCUCGACGCCGCUUCGCUCGAGCGCAUCACCGAGCUCUACUCGCGCGUCUUCACCACUGUUGUCCCUGUCAGCAAGCCGGAGGUGGCCGAGUUCACCAAGCUCUACGAAAACUGCCAGAGGUUGAUCAACAUUGCGUACGUCAACGAGAUUGCGGAUGCAUGUGCGAGUCACGGAGUGGACGUGCACGAGGUGGUCAUGGCAUCGGGAACCAAGCCAUUUGGUUUCAUGCCCUAUGCGCCAUCCCUGGGUGCGGGUGGUCACUGCAUCCCCGUCAACCCUUUCUAUCUGUUUGCCAAUUGCGAUCUGCCUCUCCUCCGCUCGGCCGCGAUGGCAAAUCAGCAACGUCCCGCACACAAAGCUGUCGAGGUCGCCAAGCUUGCUAGUCAGAACAAGACCCACACUGGAAAGUCACGCGUCGCAAUCGUAGGCAUGGGCUUCAAGCGCGGCGAAGCCUCCCUGGCUUACGCACCCACAGUCACCCUCGCCGACAAGCUCACCGAACUCGACGUCGAGGUGAGCUACGUCGACAACUACGUUACUUCCGACAAGUGGGCCAAGGUUCCCUCGGCAACUUUCCAGGAUGCGGCCAAGUUCGAGAAGUUGUUCGACGCGGUAGUGGUUGCGCAGAAGCCGGUAGCCGCCGAGAUGGAGGUGCUCUCCAAGCUGCCCAACGAAAAAGUCGUUUGGUUCACCAAAUGA